AUGAGUCUCUGCGGCCGCCAAAAAGUCGUCCAGCGGAAGAUGGUUCUGCUGGAAGCGACGACUGAUAAGUUCUUCUCAUUGAUGCUCUUAUCGCUGUCUUUGGUUCUGUUAAUUAACAUCGCUCCCCUCGGGCUUGAAGCGAACCUACGGUUUUUGGUCGACAACCGCGAUUCCUUCGAAAAUGUAGCCACCAAAUGGAUGGCAGAAAUACACGAAAACUGCCCCGGCGUGAAAAUGGUCCUCACAGCACUGAAAUGCGACUUGCGAAAGGACGACGAGCAAAAUGAGAACCCGGAGGCAGUUAGCUUUGAUGAAGGGCUUGCAAAAGCGAAAGAAGUUGGUGCAGUAAAAUAUCUAGAAUGCUCGGCCGUCCAGAAUCGCGGAAUCCGCGAAACCUUCUAUGAAGCUGCCAAAGUCGCGCUGGAAGUGAAGCCAGCCGGUGGCAGCUCGAGUGGAGGAUGCGUCAUUUUAUAG